AGUACGAACUCCCAACACCCACUCCAGCAUAAAAAGCCAAAGGAACACUAGUCAUCUACUCGGACAAGGGCACCCGCUCGCGAUCGCGGGUGUCAGUUGUCACACACUCACACUACACUGCCUCCACACCACAGCGCUAGCCAGCAGAGGAAGCCAUGCCACGCCCGAACAACCACACCUCCUCGCCGGCGGCGGCCAUGAUCGCCUCGUCGCCGUCCCCCCCUCGCCCGCCGCCCGCCGCCGCGGCUUCCGGCGCGGGGGCGUGGGGCCCCUACACCAGCUCCCGGGCCUUCUUCUCCAAUGUGGCCACCAUCCUCAUCAUCCUGGCCUGCGUCUCCCUGCUCGCCUUCUCCCUCCACGCCGCGGCGCGCGCCGUCCUCCGCUGCCUCGCGCGCCGCCGCGCUGCGCGGGAGCCCAAGCACCCGUCGAGCGCCGCCGACGCCGCGGGCGCCGGGGAGGAAGGCGCCGGCGCCGGCGCCCCCGCGGCCGGCGCGUGGGCCGAGGCGGAGUGCGCCAUCUGCCUGUCGGAGCUGGCGGGCGGCGAGCGCGUCCGCGUGCUCCCGGCUUGCGGCCACGGGUUCCACGGCGCAUGCGUGGACGGCUGGCUCGCGGCGCGCGCGUCCUGCCCCACCUGCCGCGCGCCGUCCCGGCCGUCGCGGGCGGGAGAGCCAUAGCCAUCGCCAAGCCGGAGCCAGGCCGCUGCAGUGCUGCCGCGCCUUCAUCACACUGGGCUCCGUGGAGACAGGAAGCGACGGCAAGUACGUUCUGCUGGACUGCUGCUGGAGCAGGCUCAGCUCCGGUGCUCCGAUCCAUGGUGUUCGUUUCGUUCAUUAUCGCUUAUGGCAAUGCAAAUUUACCGCCAGCUGCUUGCUAGCGCAUGUGGAUCGAAUCGAAUCAAUUAUUUGGUAGUGUAAGCAUGUUCCAUGCCGAUCUCGCAUUGUGGGAUGGAUUUGGUUGUACUAGAAAUUGACUGCAAUUAUUCACGCCGAUUAGGCUCGUCAUUUCA